AUGGCCCAUCUCGAUUUUGCAGAGCAUUUGGGUGUGCACUCGGAAUCAGAUGACCAUAUCAAUGGUCCCGGCGACGUGUCACAGCAAGGGCAUUUCCAGCCACCGCCUGCCGAUGGUGAAAGGGACUUGGCUGAACAAAAACGCAAAGAGCGGGAGAGGAUGGAAGCUGCGAUCCGACAGGAACUGAACAAUGCCCACCAAAACGCUCCGCCCGCGCCCCCAGCCCCACCCGUGCCCCAGGGCCACCCCAUCAUUGGCGAACUCAAGGGCCAGUCGUACCGCACCGAGCAAUCCGAAUCUCGCCGCGAGUCCAUCAAGGAGAUGAUGCGCACCGCGUGGUCUGGCUACGCCAAAUAUGCCAUGGGCGAGAACGAACUGAUGCCCAAGGCCAAGCAUGGCCAUUCGGCUAGCAUCUUUGGGCGCACCAAGAUGGGCGCAACCGUGAUCGACGCGCUGGAUACGCUGCUGAUUAUGGGUUUGAACGAAGAGUACGCUGAUGGGCGCGCGUGGGUUGCUGAUAACCUGCACUUUGAUGUCAGCGCGAGUGUGUCUGUUUUUGAAAUCUGCAUCCGCUUCAUGGGCGGCUUGCUGACAGCCUAUGCCAUGACCAACGACGAAAUGUACAAGGAGAAAGCCAUUGACCUCGGCAAGCGUUUGGUACCGGCGUUCAACACGCAAACUGGCAUCCCCAAGGCUACCGUCAACUUGCAGACGGGCACGUCGCACAAUUGGGGAUGGGCGUCGGGAGGCUGCUCCAUCCUGUCCGAGUUUGGUACCAUGCAACUUGAGUUUGAGUAUUUAUCCAUCAUCUCGGGCGAUCCCACCUAUGCGCACAAGGUGCGCAAGGUGAUGGACUAUGUCACUGCCAAAGAGCGUCCCAGCAAUGGCCUCUAUCCCAACUACCUCAACCCAGACACGGGUCGCUGGGGUGCCAACGAAGUGUCGAUUGGUGCGCUGGGAGACUCCUUCUACGAGUACCUUGUAAAGCAAUGGGUCUUUGAAGGUGGUCGCAACCGCCGCACCUCCGAGGGUCGUGAGGCCUUUGAUGACGCCAUGAAGGGCGUGCGAAAUGUGUUGACGCAAAAAUCGUCAUCGGGCCUGACGUACGUGGCCGAGGCCAAGGGCACUCGUCUCGUGCAUAAAAUGGGACAUUUGGCGUGCUUUGCGUCCGGCAUGUUCUCUUUGGGCAUCGAAGCAGCCCCCAGCCAGGAGUGGGCUGACUGGUACCUUGACACAGCUGCCGGGGUGGCCAAUACCUGUCACGAAGGUUACAUCCGUACCCCCAUUCACAUUGGUCCCGAGGCCAUGCUCUUUGAUGGGAGGCAUGAGGCUUCCAACAGCAACCCUGGCGAGCGUUACUAUAUUCUUCGCCCGGAGACAAUCGAGGCCUAUUUUUACAUGUGGCGGCGCACGCACGACCAAAAGUACCGUGAUUGGGCCUGGGAUGCGGCGCAAAGCAUCGAAAAAUACUGCCGAUGUGGCGUGGGGUAUUGCGGCAUCAAGGACGUGCAGGCUGCGCAUCCACAACAGGAUGAUGUACAGCAGUCGUUCUUCUUGGCGGAAACGCUCAAGUACUUGUACCUUAUCUUCGAGGACGAUAACGUGAUCUCGCUCGAUGAAUGGGUUUUCAACACGGAAGCGCAUCCCGUGCCCAUUCAAAAGGACAGGUCCAGCUUGGCUCCGUAA